AUGAUAGAAGAAAGUUAUAAUGGUUUUUAGAAGAAUAAUAAUUCUGAUACUUUGGACUUUGAUUUUACACAAUUAGAGUAAGCUGUCUUGAUUUCAAAGGAAAAUGGAUUAUCAAAAUUGAUUAAAGGAUCAGAUCAAUACUAUUAUUAAUAUUUUCUAAAUAUCUUAAAUUAGAAAGGAUACUAACUUAGUUCAAUAGAAUAAGAACAUUUUAAACAUUAUAAAUAAAUGAAAACUAUUAAUUAUUAGAAGAUUCGUUUAAGAAGUUUGUUUAUUGAAUAUGAUAAUCUUAUAAAUGAAUCUUUGCAAACAGAAGAAAUGAUUCAAAAACAAACAGAAAUUUUGUAAAAAAUCAACAAGAAAUUAUUUAAAAUCAACUUUGAAGAUUUAUCUUCAAAUAUUUCUAUAAAUGUAAUUUAAAUGAUUAAUUUAGUAAUCAAAUGUUUUUAAUACUAAUGUAUAAGUAAAAGAGUUAGUUUCAUAAUUUGACAAUAAUAAAUUGAUUUUGGAUGAUUAUCUAAAGGAUGCUUAUACAGAAAAGGGAAUCAAUAAAUUAUCUGUUAAUCUUUUUUCUUAAUUAAAUCUUUAAGAAUUAAUUAAUGCUCCUAAUAAAGUUAUUGAAAUAUUCUUUAAUUAAUUAUGCCAAAAAAAAGUGGGAUUAAUUUUAAAUGAUAAUGUUCCCUAAUUUUUCAACAAAUUAAUAGCAAAAAAAGACUUUAAUUUUUCAAGUAAUUGCUUCAAAUUAUUAACUAUUGAUUAAAUGGAAGAGAUAAUAAAUUUAAAUAGAAAAUAUUUAGAGAAUUAUUAUUUUUUAGGGAAUUUGUUUUUUAAAAAAUUUAGAUUAGAUUAGAACAUUUAAGUAUCAUAAUUCAAUAUAGAGUAAAAUAAAAUUAUAUAAUAAAAUUUAAAUGAAUCAUACAAUUGGACAAAAUAAUUACCAGACAAAUUUAAUUCUCUUAGACAGAUAAUAAGGAGAGAAUUACUUUAAUUUGGUAAAUAUUUAUUUUGAAUUAUAAUAGGAAUUGAAAUUUAAUUUUAUGAUUUUGAUAUAUUUUUAGAUUAUCUAAAAAAUCCAACAGAAAUUUAUUAAAAUAUAACUAAAUAACAUAGGGAUAUGCAAAAUAAAAUUAGAAAUGAAUUUUAAUCUAAUUGGGAUGGAUGGCAUGGAUAUAAAACUGAUAGAUGUAAAUAUUUUAUAAAAUAAAAUUAGGGAUGAAUACUAAUUAAUUAAUUGAAAAGUAUUUAUAAAAGUAUUUUGAAUCAAAUUAAGAUUAUAGUAUAUUAGAAUAAUAUUUGGAAUCUUAUUAUUUGAAGGAAUAGAGAACUAAAUGUCGUUUAUAUUAAGGAGAUGAAGUUUAAGAUUUAAAUACAUAUUUUUCAAAUAAUGAAAUAAAAUAGAUGAACAAUAGUAAGGUUUUGUAUUUAUGUGAUAAUAAUAAACCUUAUUUUUUACAUGGAGAACCUGUUUAAUUAUUUGUUGAAUUAAAGAAUAUUUAAAGUUUGACUAUUAAAAUAUUUCAAAUAAAUAUGAAAAACUUUUAUAUGGCUAAAAGUGAAUAAUUAACAUCAAAUUUAUGUUUGGAUGGAUUUAUUCCAACAGAAGAAAUUAAUUUUAUAUAUGAUUAUCCUCCUAUUAAGAAAGUAAUCAAAGAAUUUUCUUUUGAAUCUAUUUAAAAAACUUAAAGAGGAACCUUUAUUAUUGAAUUUAUUGGAAAUGGAUUAUCUUCAAGAGCAAUUAUUGAAAAAGGACGAUUAUGUUUAAAAUAACAAAUUGUAUCUGCUGGAUAUAAGUAUGAGAUAUUCAAUGAAAAAUUUGAGAAAUUAUAUGAUGAUAAAAUUGGAUUAUGGAUUGAUCAAAAUUUUUAUAAUUUGAUUAAAGGUGAAAUUAUAAUACCAUUCCCUGAUGAGGAAAUCGAAUAUUAAGCUAUUAUUUAAUAUGAAGAUUUCUAUUAAAAGGAGACUAUUGUUUUAAAACCUGAAUAAUUUAAAUUAAUUUGUAGUUUCAUUAUGGCAAAUGAAUAAAUAUAAUUAGGAUAAGAUGCAUCAAUUAUUAUUAUUCCUAAAUUAAUUUUGAAUAAUACUGAUAUUGGAUUUGGAAUUUUUAAAGAUGCUUAAGUUUAAAUAUCAUGUUAAAAUGAAAAAGGUGUUCCUUAAACAUUCAACUUUAAAGACAUUUCUUUUGAAAGCUAAAUCCCAUUAGAAUUUAAAUUUCAUAUUAAUUAAAAAUUAGUAAAUAUUUAAGUAGAUGUAUAAGGUAAAAUUAAAUAAUUACACAAAAAAGAAGAUUUAGUAUUAUAAUAAACUUUUAAUAUUCAACUUUAAAAUAAUAUAUAAGAAUAAAUAUUUAUAAAAUAAUUGCUAAGAUUUAAUGAUAUAGAUGGAUAUUCAAUAUUUGUUUUAGGAAAGAAUGGUGAACCUAUCAAAAAUAUUUAAGUUUAAGUUUUAUUUAAACACUCUUUCAUUAAUGAUUAGAUCAAAGAAAAUCUUAUAACUGAUUAAAAUGGAUAAAUCAAAUUAGGAUUUCUACCUAAUAUAGAAAAUAUAAAUUCAUCUGUCCUUUCUACUAAUUAUUAGAUAUUAAAAUAAGAAUGGAACAUCUUUAAUCAAUUUCAUGUUCACUAAAAAUAUUUUGAAUUAUCUGUUAAUUUUGGAUAAACACUUACUUUACCAUUCUCUACUAAAUUAGAAAAUGUUUAGUUUUAUUAAAUAAAACUUUCAUCAUAAUCUGAAAUAAUUCCAAUUAAAAAUCAUAGAAAUAUGAUUUAAUUUGAAGAGAAUUAAAUAACUAUUUAAUUCACUUAGAAAGGUGAAUUCUUACUAUAAUUAUUAAAUGAAUAAUAUACUUUUAAAUUCAAAGUUAUUGAUAAUACUUUAUAAUAAUCUAAAGAAUUCCUCUAUACAUAAAAUGAAAGGAUAUAAAAAUAAUAUGAAAGAGAAUUGUAUUUAAAUAAUAUUGUAACCUAACAGAAUGAUAAUAAUAUUUUGGUUAAAGGUGAUAUAUUAAGUGAUAAGGAAUAUCAUUUAAUUGCAAUAGCAACUACUUUCUAUCCUGAUAUAAAUAGCUUUGAUAAAUAAAUGCAAAAUAUUAUGACUAAUUAUGUAAUUGACAAUAGUCUUAAAAUUGAAUUUAAAAAUAAUAUUUAUUUGUGUAAUUUAAAAUAAUCAGAUGAGUUAGGAUAUAUAAUUGAAAGAAAAAAUUAACCAAAAUAUGUGGGUAAUACUCUUGAAAAACCUUAAAUCUUAUUAAAUCGAUUUGUUACUGAUUGUACUGAAACUUAAGAAGAAUAAUUGAAAUAAGCUUUGCAUAAUUUAUCAAAAUAAAAACACAAUUAGAGAUUAGCAUCAAAAGCUUAUAGAAAAUCAGGACUAUCAUCAUAUCAUCAAUAAAGUUUUGAUUCUUUUUGUGAAUUUUUAAAAUAUUCUGGCAGAGUAAUAACAAAUAUUCAUAAGGAUAAGAAUCAUUAUUCCUUUGAAGUUCCAGUACAUUAUUCAACAGUUGUGAUUUUAGCAUAUUAAGAUGAUAACUAUAGUAUAAAAGUACUACCAUUAUAGAAUAAUUAAAUUUAAAUAAAAGAUCUAUGUCAUGUAUCUUAAUUGGAGAAGAAUAAAUUUUAUUCUACUUUUAGAAGUACAAAAGAAAUCAUCCCAUAGACUCCUUUUUAAAUAUAAGACAUAAUAUCAACAGAAAUAUUUUAAUUAGACUCUUUGAAUUUAUUAUUUAAUAUUUAGAAAGAGUUAAUGAGAAUCAAUAAAUAAAAGAUAAAAGAAUAGGAUUUAAUAAUUAUAUCUGAUCUUUUAAAAUGGGAUAGAGAAACAUUUCAGUUUAAAUAGAAAUUUUAUAAUUAAUAUUAAUGUGAUGAAUUAAAUUUAUUUCUCUAUAUGAAGGACUAAUAAUUUUUUGAAACAGUGAUACUGGAUCAUAUUAAAAAUAAAAUAGAAAAAUCUUUUAUAGAUUACUUUCUACUUUAAGAUCAUUAAGCUCUUUAGAAAUAUGAAUAAGUCUAAUUAUUUUAAUAAUUAAAUGGGUUGGAAUAAGCACUUCUUGUAAUUUAUAAUUAAGAAAUAGCAGAAAAGCAGGAAGAAGCUUAGAUUAUGGCUAAAUAUUUAUAAUAAAACUUUAAAACAAUUGCAAAUAAAUAGGAUGAUGAUAAAUAUAAAUUGCUUUUUGAUACAAUCUUAGGAGUAGAAAAAGAAAUCAAAAAUGAAAAAAAUAAAAGUUAAGAAUAAGAAUAAGAAAAAUAAAGUUAAAUAAAAAGUUCUGAAUCAUAAUUCAAAGAUAAAUCUCGAAUAAAAUAAAAAGAUAAAGCUAAAUCACGCUCUCGACAUGAUAGGGAUGAUGAAGAGGAUGUGGAGAGGGAUAGUAUUAGUUAUACUAAUAGUAGUGAUAAUAAUAGUAGUGAUAGUAAUAGUAGUAGAAGUUUGAAUUUGAGUAUUAAUAGAAGUAUUAGUAGAAGUAUUAGUCAUAAAAAUAAGAAAAAUGAUUAAAAAAAUAUUGUUUACUCUCGUGGAGGAUCAAGAACUCGAUAAACAGCCAGGAAAUCUACAGCCGGAUGUGUUUCUAAAGGAAAAGGACUCAGAAAUUAUAAUUCCAUGCGUGACAAUUUAAUUUAAUCUUUUGAAAAAGUUGAAGCUACUAAAGAAUAUUGUGAGAAACAUUAUAGUGUAGGAAUAAAUUAAACAUAAUUUAAAAAUUUGAUUAAGGUGUCAGAUUUUUACAUUGAUUUAGCCAAUCACUCAAUAUAAAAAGGGUAUUUCACCUAAAACUUCAUUUCAUCUUCAUUUAUGUAUUGUACUUCUAAUUUCACUGAAAUCAUAAGUGUAUUAGCAUUAAUGAGUUUACCAUUCUAAUCUCCUAAAUAUAUAUAAUAAUAAAUAGGAAAUAAGGGUAUAGAAUUAAUUUAUCCUACUUCUGCUCUUAUAUUUAUAAAGGAGAUUUAAGAAGCUCAAGUGUAACCUAAUUCUAGAAUAAUAAUUAAUUAGUCUUUUUUUGAUCCUAAAAAUGAAGAAAUAAAUGAGUAAUAAGAUAAUGAAGAGGAAGAAGAUCUUAACUAUUUUUCUAUAAAAAAGGUUUAUGGAUGUAAAGUAGUUGUUUCUAAUUGUUCAGCAAUUUCUUAAACCUUUUAAUUAUUAAUGGAAAUUCCUAAUGGUUCAAUUCCAGUUAGUACAACAUUUUCAACUAAAACAUUAACAAUAACUCUUUCUCCUUAUUAAACUUAAAUUUAAAAAUACUAUUUCUAUUUUCCUAAAUAAGGAGAUUUCACAAUAUAUCCAGCUAAUAUUUCAAAACUUGGAAAAGUCAUUUAAAUUGCAAAAGAUAAAAUAUUUUAAGUUUAUGAUGAAAAGACAAAAGUUAAUUUAGAAAAUAUAAAUGAAGUUUUAUUAACAGAUAAUAAUUAAGAUAUAAUAAAUUAUAUAGAGAAUAAGAAUAUUUUCAAUUCAAAAUUAUUUAAUCCAAAAUUAUUAUAUCAUAAAUUUAACAAUAAAGUAUUUUAUAAUUAAGUUAUGUAAAUAUAUAGAAAUAGAAAAUUUUAUGAUUUUAAUAGUUUUGCUUAUUCAUUAUUACAUAAUAAUAUUGAAUGUUUAAAAGAAUUAUUCAUGACAUAAUAAGCUUAGAAUGCUUUGAAAUAAUAUUUUACACAUUUUAAAUGUUCAUUAUUUGAAAUCAAUUAAAUUAGAAUUCUUGAAUAUUAUCCACUUAUUAUUAAAAGAGUACAUAAACUUUAUAAAGGAGAGAAUAAUAUAUUAAAUGUAUAAUUUAGAUAGUAAUAUACAAAAUAUUUAAUUUAUCUUUUAGAAAAGCCUUAAUUUUCAACUUUAGAUAAAUUAGUUCUUAUUUAUUAUUUAUUAUUAUAAGAGAGAGUAAAUGAAGCUGUUUAAGUAUAUUAAUAAAUUAGUGAAGAAGAAUAAAAAGAAUAUUAAUUAUAAUUUGAUUAUUUAUCUGCAUAUUUAGAUUUUUAUACUGGUUAUCCUAAUUUUUAGAAAGGAAGAGAUAUAUGUAAAAAGUAUUUAAGUUAUCCUGUUAUACAUUGGAGAAAUAUGUUUUAUGAAAUGAUUAAUUUAUUGAUAGAAUAUGAUGGAGAAGAAGAUAAUUAAUUCUCUAAAUUAGAAAUAACUUAAUAAUAAAAAUAAUAAGAGAUUAUUAAUAAAGAAGAAACAUUAUCAGGUUCAAUAGAAGGAGAUUCAAUUAAUCUUACAUACUCAAAUUUAUCAGAAGUAAAAAUAGAAUAUUAUAAAUUGGAUAUUGAAAUUCUAUUCUCAAAUAAUCCAUUUAUGAAAAAUAUAAUAUAAGAUUUUUCAAUUGUUUUACCAAAUCUAAAUAUAAAUCAUAAACUUGAAGGUUAAGAAAUUUAAAAAAAGUAAUAAUAUAUAUUUUAAUUAUUUAAGUAUAUUUUAAUAGAAAAUUUUAAUACCUAAAGAAAUUUCAAAAGAGAAUUUAUUUGUUACAAUAAAAGGUUAAUAAAAAUAAGUAACUUGUAAAUAUUAACCAACAUCAUUGUUUGUAUAAACAAUGGUAGAUUCAGGAUAAAUAAGAGUAUUUAAUUAAUAAGGUUAAUACUUAUCUAAAGUUUAUGUUAAAGUAUAUGCAAAAGAUAAAAAUGAUAAAGAGACAUUUCAUAAAGAUGGAUAUACAGAUUUAAGAGGAAGAUUUGAUUAUGCUUCACUUAGUUAAUCAAAUCAUAAAAAUAUUGUUAAAUUUUCAAUGUUAAUUUAUCAUGAAGAAUUAGGUAUUAAUCAAUAUAUAUUUAUAUAAUAGGAUCAAUAAUUUAAUAGGUUUUACCUCCACCAACUUUAGCAUAAUAUGAAAAAGAAAUUUAAUUAAUUGGUAAUAAAUGGAGACAAUAAGAAUAAGAAGAAUAUUAAAAUAAGUAGAUUGUUUAAUAAACUUAUAUAUCUGGUAAAGUAGGAAAAAUAUCUAAAUAAAUAAAUAGAAGAGAUUAAUAAUGA